AUGGGUUUUACCGAACUUAUGUGUAUUUCACGUCUUACCGCCAAAAUGGAACCACGUGUACCAAUCUCUGAGAUGUCGCGAUUCGUCUCCCCCUUGAAUCCUGCUAUGUAUCCCACUCUGGGAAUGCUCCUAACCGCUAUUGGUGUCUUUUUUAUGGCUUGGUUCUUUGUCUACGAAAUUACUGGGACGAAAUACGUGCGUGAACUCUUCAAGGAGGUUCUUAUCGCAACCGCUGCCUCAAUUUUCAUGGGCACUGGGCUUUUAUUUACCGCUCUCUGGGUCGGUAUUUACGUAUAA